UGUAUCAUCUCACUCCCAUAUACGCAUAUACCACCGAAUAUUUGCUUACAUUUGGUCCACACGACCAGGGUAUAUGUAUUAUCUAACAAAGCUACAUGGCUCAUCGUGUGCAUUUGGUCAUCUGUUUUUUCAUGAGCACGGCACAAUACAAUUGAGUCUCGCAAUAUUAUUUGUAACUCUGAUCAUUAUGUAAAUAUAUUUCUAUCGCAAUUAUUUCAUUUCAAUUUAUCCUAUACUUCUAAAACAUACUAAAUUGUGAUCAUUACUCAUGGCCGAAUCAAAUUCAUCACCCCGUGUGGCAGAUAAGGCUUCAUGGGGUAAUAUCAAGAGUUUUGCACCAGGUAAAAGUGUUGUACUUUCCACACCUUUGAAUUUGAGCUUGACCGAGGAGGAAGUGAAAGUUGCUGUGAGAGGAUUCAUCCCAAAAGAGAUGGAGGACAAAUGGUUCAUAUAUUUCGAUCCAGACGAUGACACCUUCAACUUUCACCGGAGUUGGACUGGUUGAGAUGAACUGCGACCCCGAAGAGUAUCGCAAGAGUGAUAGUUCGGAUGAGGAAGAAUUUGACAUGUUGACAGGAUUGAUCGGAUUCUUGCUUAAGCCAAGUCCGAAUUUCGUGUUUAAAGAAUGGCUGGCCGCCGCUAGGAAAAUGCCGGCUACAAAGUAGACGUAAGCAUAUGUAUGUACAUAUGUCGAAGAACGAGGAUGUUCAUUACGAGUUCGCAUAGUUAUCAAGGUUCGCAAAAAAAUCGCAAGUUCGCAAAAAAUUUGGCUUGAAGAUUCACUUGCGAACUUGCGGAUCUGAUUUUAUAAAAUUAUAUUGCGAUGCGAACAUGUGAACUCGUGAUGAAUACCCUCAAUAUUUACUAAUUUCGGGUUUAAAAUAAAGUUAAGUUAUACGUAAAAUUUUGCUUUUCAUAAAACUGAAUCACGUCAUAAAUAUAAAUCGUGAAACCUUAUACACACAAAUAAAUACAAAUCCAUUUUUAAAAUUUCAACCUGACAAUUUCAACUUCGUUUUUAUUAUAAAUUCAGGUAAAGAUGCAUCAUACUUAAGUGUAUACGAUAAAUGCUUUGUAAAAAUGAAAUUCAUUACUCAGAAGUGCUGCUUUAAAAAUAGUUUUCUAUGAUGAAUAAUAAACAAUAAAUUAAUAUGAACGAAUUAAUAUGCAUGUACAUAUUUAUAAAUAUAUUUAACAAUAAUACUCACGCAUCAUUUAUGAAUCAUUUGUGCACCGAUAAUCAAGUGACGAUACGUCUCGCGAUUUUUUAUUAUGCAUCACAUAAUUACUUUUAUCUACACAUGUGAAUGAAACACAAAUCAAUUAUUUAAUUCCAUUGUGAUCAAAUGAGCGGAUGCAUCGCAGAUAACAGAUUAGGGGGAUGGAUGGCUAAACUAAAGAGGGGAGGUUAUGUCCUUCCAACAUUCAAUAUCAUUUAUUCCACAUGGGAAAGCGCAAGUAAAAAUAAAUACGUUAAAAAGGGUUUACACAAAAGUUACUUAUCGGCCCAAAAAUAAUAGUGCAAGAAUCAAGAUAUUCAUAAUGACAGAGCCUGAACUUCACCCUGCUGUUGAUACCAGCAUAAUUAAAGUAGAUGGCCCAAAGAUGGACAAACCCCUCCUAGAAAACUACCUAUUGCGGAACGAAAUACUAAAAUUACAAAUGCGGAAUAGAGACUUACAACGUAGCGUGUUUCUACUACGUCAAGAAAAGCAUGGGGGAAAGAACGUCAAACUGCUAAAAGAUGAAAUCACGGAAUUAACCAAGCGUCUUCAAAUGUCCGAAAUCGAAACAACGCGUCAGGAAAGUCUUAAUCGCGACUUAACCAGUAAAGUUAAGGGAUUGUCGGAGCAGACAAAAGUUAACAAUAAAAUGAUGAAUACUCUGCAACAACAAAAUAAAACACUUCACAAAGAAAAUGACAUAAUCUCGGAUAAAUUACGCAACAUCCCUUCUGAAGCCGAGGUCAAGGAAUUACGGACGUUGAGGCAAACUCAUGUCCGAGAUAAGCAGGAAAUGCAAAACAAAAUUAAGAAAACUGAAGUAGCCAUGUUAGAAUUGGGCGCACAAAUCCAACAAUUACAGCUGGAAUUGGCGCGACAGAAGGAUGAAUUCACAAAUGCACUCGAAAAAGAAGAGAAUAUGACGAAACAAAUGGUAGAAAAGUUGAUACGGCAAGAGCAUGAUCGAGCCCAUACUGAAGAAGAAAUUGAUGUUUUAACAACGACAAAAUUGCAAUUACUCCAAAUGCUACACGAUGCAAUGGUCGAUGCCAAGGAUCCAAAUUCUACAGGGUUUGCAGACAAGCUGGAAGCCAUGGUAAAUAAAUUAGGGUGGGCAAAUAACAAUAAAUGACUGAUUAUUGUACUCAAAAACGCAUACGACAAAUAAACUUAAAAAUAUAUUUUAAAAAAUAAAUAAAAAUAAAUAAAAAUAAAUUUUAUUGAACAACUCAAAAUAAUUUCUAUAGGUUAAAUUAAUAUUCUGAAAUUUAGUAAAUCAUAUAAUUUAGAUAAAAUUUAAAAUUUCAUAAAAGAUAUAGAAAUUGUACACCACAACGAACCUGCCUGCCUUUGGAGAUAAUUCUACUAUAGAGUUACCGGGUAGGAGGAGGCAUCCUACAUAUUUAAUUAUAAUCACCCAAGUGAUGAAACAUAAUCU